UUUUUUUUAAUUUGAAAAUCCAUUUUUUAAAUAGUGGGUUGAGGGUUUUUUGUUUUUGUUUUGUUUGAAUUAGUGCGCGGCUUACAGUGGUGCCUCGAAUAAUAAUAAUAAUAAUAAUUUAGUGAACGAGUGGAAAAAAUUAACCUUCGUUGUGGAGGGGUGGCUAAUGCACCGCGGCGGCGUCGCCGGCGGUGGUUCUGGCGGCAGCGGAGAACAUCCCCCGACAAUGCCAGGGGCCCCGGGAUUCUCAUGGGGGGCCAUGCUAGCGGGGCAUCACGCUGCCGCUGCAGCUGGCACAUUCGCCGGCGGAGAGGCCCACCAUGUGGCCACCCAUCCCCCAAUGCCCAUGGACCUACACGUGUCUCAAGCUUUUCCCUACUACAGGUAUCGAGAUGACGCUUUAUGCUGGACAGACCGGAAACCUUCAAUGGAUGAUGUUGGCAAUCCCACUUCAGUCAACGCACGAUUUGAGGAGAGGCACUACGCUUUCGAAAGUAUCCUUGAACUGCGAAAAGAAAAAAGCAGAGAUGCUGCUAGAUCACGUCGUGGUAAGGAAAACUACGAGUUCUACGAGUUAGCGAAAAUGUUGCCUCUACCAGCAGCCAUAACCUCCCAAUUGGACAAGGCCUCAAUUAUAAGGCUGACAAUCUCUUACCUUAAACUUCGUGACUUCUCAGGUCACGGUGAUCCACCUUGGAGUCGCGAUGGACCACCGCCUAACAAGUCAGUUAAAGGUGCAAAUCGAGUAAGAUCAUCCGCCUCUUUAGCAGUAGACAUAUUUGAACAGCAUCAAGGUACCCACAUACUCCAGUCGCUGGACGGCUUCGCGAUGGCUGUAGCGGCAGAUGGACGAUUCCUCUACAUUUCGGAAACAGUCUCAAUUUACCUCGGCCUUUCCCAGGUGGAAAUGACAGGCUCGAGUGUUUUCGAUUACGUUCAUCGAGAGGAUCAUGCUGAGGUUGCUGAGCAACUUGGACUUGGCUUAUCCUCACCAUCCAACUCCUCAGCUCAUCACUCCUCGAGUUCUGGAUUAGCUUCGCCUAGCAGUGGAGCAUCGGAAGAACACGGUUCGUCAUCCACAGCAAACCCUGACGUUUCAUCAAUAAUGGCAUUAACGUCAAACGGCCUUUACAAGGGAUACGAUAGAGCAUUUUGUGUCAGGAUGAAAUCGACACUUACGAAAAGAGGAUGUCAUUUUAAAUCUUCCGGUUACCGAGUGGUUUUAUUACUCUGUCGUUUGAGGCCACAAUUCACAUUCAGUCAUUCGAGAAAAUCUACUCCGCCAUUAAUGGGAAUGGUUGGCUUGGCAAUUGCUCUACCACCUCCCAGUGUACAUGAGAUUAGAUUGGAAGCUGACAUGUUUGUCACGCGAAUCAAUUUCGACUUCAGGAUAGCACAUUGUGAACCAAAGGUAUCAGAACUACUGGACUACACUGCAGACGAGCUAACAGGAAUGAACCUCUACAAACUCUGCCAUGGAGAAGAUGCAAAUCGACUUAGGAAUUCACAUACUGAUUUAAUAAAAAAAGGUCAAGUCCUAACCCACUAUUAUCGACUGAUGAACAAAAGCGGAGGUUACACCUGGUUACAAACGUGCGCUACGGUGGUUUGCAAUUCAAAAAACGCAGAAGAACAAAAUAUCAUAUGCGUCAACUAUGUCAUCAGUGGCCGUGAAUACGAGAACCUAAUUAUGGACUGUUGUCAGCUCGAGAGUGGUGUCACGGGUGUUAAAAGGGAGGACGCUGCCGGUAAUGACCCUGAGAAUGGUUCACCAGAUGCUGAUCGAGGAGAAGGUCGAAGUAGUGGCGGUCCAGCAACUAAUCAACAUUCAGAGCAUUCACAUCAUUCGCCCCCCGAAGACAAGGAGGACACACGUGGUUCCGAAGGUGAAACCCGAGGUGGACGACAUCAUGAUAAUGUGACACAACUUCAACAACAAGAGAGCCAAACAGUAAAUCCACUAAAUGCAAAAAUGCGCGGUAGUAAACGAAAAUUAGUUCAAGAAGAUGAGACAAGUUCCGGUGAGGACGAGGAGGAAGAUGAAGAAUCAAUAUCAAAAACUCCAAAUGGCAGAAAUCAUGCACUAAGUCCAGCAUCAUCGAAUCAUUCUCUUUCAACAUCCGAACAAGUGCUACGAGCAACGAGUCCAAAAACACGACGAACAGAAAUACGACCCGAGUCGUCGGAAAAUGCCACAGGUGUCAGUGCAUCGGUAAAAGAUAUCGAGCAAGCAAUGUCAAAACAUCUACCAGGAGCAUCACUCACCAAACCUGAUUCACCGGCAAUGCAUCAACCCACGGAUUUUAGUACAGAUGCACUGCUAAAACAACAACAGCAAAGAAGUACCAUCCAAUGGAUUGGUGCACAUCAUCAUCUGGGUCAUCCGAGUUCUCAACAAUCGAGUGCUCCAUCUCUUCCAGCAUCGGCAUUAUUAAGGCAUCUCUACGCGACGAACAGAGAGAGUGUAAUACGAGCCAACGUACAGGGCAUAACGUCCAGUGGAACACGAACACCAUCAUCGGGUGGAUAUUACACGGACACGGCUCAAAAUGGACCUCUACCAACGCCACCAGGCUCAGAGGGAUCAUCAACCUAUGGUGAGCAUCAAUUUGUCCUGGCGGCUCACAAUCAAAAAGGAUCUGUCGGUACAAGUAAUUCUGAUGCAUUCACAAGCCUCGUGUCAUAUUCAUCAGCCGGUGGUUAUGCAGUUGAUUAUCAUUCUGCAAUGACACCACCAUCGUCUGUCUCGCCACGUGACAAACAACAACAGCAACAACAACAACAACAAUUACAUUCGGCAAGUGUUGUCAGUAGUUAUGAAUCGACAAUUUAUGGUGAUCCGGUAUUAAGGCAUCAAUAUGAACCUGCACAACCACUACCUCUAAAGCCACAGGUCUAUUCUGCCGCUGUUCAUCCAACAGCAUUGGAUGCUGCGGCAGCCUACGCUUCAGCGAGUCUCGGCGAACAACCUCAAUUCUAUCAUCAUCCGGCGGCUGGUCCCGGCUUUCAUUUGUAUCAUCCGACAAAUAAGACUGCAUCAAAUAGCUGGUACAGCUCAGCCUCUUAGUAGUUUCGUCCAAGAACGGCUCGUACUUAAUAAUAUAUAUAUAUAUAUAUUAAUAUAUAUAUAUUUUUUAAUUAAGUAAUAUUCUAUUGAAUCCAAAGUCCUUUUGAGCAUAUCAUUUUUAAAAUCAACGUUUAACCGUGAAACGAGAACGAGAUCAUUGAAGGCAAAGGGGGCAUUCAAUGCUCCAAUGCAAUAUCAAGUAGACAUUCGUUGUAUUAUAUAUACAUAAUAACUAAGUUAUUGAUUAUAUGUGAGGAAUCCGAUGAGUCAGUUUAAAAAAACAAUGAUUCGCGAUUCUAAAGUGGUGUACGUACAACUCAAAUUCGAUCGCUAGCAUUGCUCCAUGUUUUUAUUUUUUUUUUUAAUUUUAAUUAACUAUUCAAUUAUACUCUACACUGAAACAAUUUAUUUAAUUCAAGUAAUCAGUGACUAUUAUCAAAUAAAUAUUUAAUUAAUAUUUGAGCCAAAUUAAAUGGUAUUUGUUUCAAAUACAGAAAUUAUUGGUUCAAAUACAAUUUAAUUCAAUUAUUAAAUUACAAAAAUGAUUUAUUUCAAGUGAUUUAUUUGAUUGUAGUCGAGAAACAGAAUAUUU